GUAAGCUGCCACUGGCUAUUAGGUUCUGGGGGUUGGGGUUGUGUGGGGCGGUUGGGAUACUCUUUGUCUGCUCUGCGGCAACGUGGACGGCAGAGUGGAGUGGAGUCACGCUACCCCCAAUAUUGAUUAUCGUGCAGACCCAGUUCUCCAUUCUUUCCUUCUCUGCCUUAGGUCUGCAUGCUUAUCCUAUCCGGAAGAUUUGCCUGACUUUGUCUUGACUCCAACUUGCUCACAAUGUCUGUCCGCCACUCGAUCCAGUACAUCCAGCAGCUAUAUGAUAGCGGCCAGGAUCGGUCUCUCUUGGAGGACCUGAUCAGAGCCUGGCGAGGCAUUCAGAAGCUGGACCCCAAGGACCCUGACUCGUACUGGAUGAUCGCUGGCUUCCAUGGAGAGCCAUUCCGCGGACCAGGUGCUACAGACCAAGACUGGUGGGGUGGCUACUGCAACCAUGCCAACAUCCUAUUCCCCACAUGGCAUCGGGCCUAUCUCCUUCGCCUCGAGAACGCCCUACAAAAGAUCCCAGGAUGUGGGCAUGUCACGCUUCCAUUCUGGGAUGAACUUUUGGAUCCCGUGCAGCCCAUCCCGUCCAUCUUCACGUCGCCGACCUUCGACCUCGAUGGCGACACGUGCAAUCCUCUAUACUCGUACAAACUGCAAGAGGAUCUCGACGAGAUGGUCAUUGGUGCAGACAACCGGUACACCAAGCCUGCCGGGUAUGAAACCGUCCGGUUCCCGCUGUCUGGCCUAGUUGGCACUGAGGAAGACCGAGACCACACGGCGGCUUGGAACCAGGAUUUCGCCGACCCCGACUCGAGGAACACUCUCCUCAACAACAACGUCCGCCAGUGGCUGGAGGGCACAAUCGUCAUCGAGAAGGACCCGGGAGGCAGGAUCCCCGACACGUACUCAGUGCGGAGCCGGUACGAGCGGUGCCUCCAGGCGCCCAACUACACCGUUUUCUCCAACACGGUAUCACAGGGCCAGUGGACCGAGGACAAUGGACUCGAACAAGACGUUGUAGUGUCGCUCGAGAGCCCGCACAAUGCCAUCCACCUCGCCGUGGGUGGCUUCUACCAGGCGGGCGUGUACAACGCUAACCCCACGCCAAUCCUCUACGCCAACGGGGACAUGGGCGAUAACGAGACGGCCGGCUUCGACCCCAUCUUUUUCUUCCACCACGCCUUCAUCGACUACGCCUUCUGGACCUGGCAGAAGUUGCACAACCGCACCAAGCCGGGCUCCCUCGACGUCAUUGAAGACUACCCUGGCACCGUCCUAACCGAGGGCCAAGCCGGCGAGCCGCCUCUACCGGCGGGAACGAAGCUGAGCACGAGCACUCCACUGUACCCGUUCAGGACCGCCUCGGGGGAGUUCUUCACCUCGGACGACGUGACCAACAUCGAGGACCAGCUGGGAUACCGCUACGGGCCGGGGUCCCUUGACCCACAGCUGCGACUCACGCCGGGCCCGGUCCGACCCCCCGCCAAGAUCAAGCGCGUCAGCGGCAUCAACCGCGGCGACUACGCAGGCUCCUUCGUGAUCCGCCUGUUUGCUACGAGGGCCAGCGACGGGGAGCGCGUCGAGGUCGGCCGUGAAGCCGUGUUGAGCCGCCUCAGCGUCGCCGGCUGCCGGAACUGUCAGAGCUCACUCGCCAUCAGGACGCACGUGCCGUUGCCCCGGGAGCUGCUGGCCGCUCUGGCAGGCCGGGGAAAAGUCGAGGACAUUACCUAUGACUGCGAGAUCCAGACGCAUCUUCUGCCUGGGUUAAGGAAUGUGCAGCCGGGCCAGAUGCCAGUGACAGCCCCCCCACAUGUUGUGAUUGACGAUGUGUGA